UGUGUUUUCUUCUUGAUUGCUAAUUUUCUCUAAUGCUCUCAUCAUAACCUACAAUGUGCGGUACUCAAUUGAUUAGAAAAUUGUUCUAAAAUCAAAAUUUUGAUGUUUAUUUAGCUUACUUUCAGCUACUCAUGUUUGAAAAUUUUCAAGAUGGGAGUGGUUCAUGGAAAAAGCGUUGGGAAAGGUGAGGAGGACAAAGGUUUGAAUUUAAAGCAGUUACAUGCUAGAGUAGAUCGGAUAAGUAUAGACGGUCUAGGUAGAACAAAAGAUGACUUCAUUAUCAAAGCAGUCAAUGAAUUGUUCAAAGUCAACAACUUUGAAGAGAUGCUACAUCAGUCUCGUGCGGUUAAAACUAAACUUGAAAGUUUGGGAUGCUUCCAGAACAUCGUCAUCCAUGUUGAUACCAGCUCUGGACCAAAAGCCACACCAGACUGUGGUUAUGAGGUGACUUUCAUAGUCAGGGAGUUGAAACAGAUUGCUGGAGGAGUUCACACAAUGGUGGGGACCAACAACGAAGGUCUGCUUGUCGCAUCUGCUAAAGCUCCCAAUAUCUUAGGCAGAGGCGAGAGAUUGCAUGGGGAGUUCAGCUAUGGCAACAAACAGACAAAAUCUUUCAAUGUCACACUGACCAAGCCGCUGUUGACGAAGUUUAACGCCAGUGUUGCAGGUACUGUUUUUAACCAAGAUCAGGAUUGGACAAUGUCAAAGUACAAAUUACGAGAGAGUGGGAUUGUGUUAGACUUCAGUUUCUUCAGUUUUAAUAAUUUAAAACAUUGUCUCCAAUGGGAAGGAACGAUACGAGACCUAGGAGUCGGCAACCGAUACGCUGCGUUUGCAAUCAGGGAAAAUGCUGGAAACACAUUGAAGUCUUCGUUACGACACAUUUUAACGUACGAUACAAGAAGAACACUGUUGUUCCCCUCAUCAGGGAUACUGUCGAAGUUCACGACGGAGUUGGCAGGCGUGGGUGGAAAUGUCGGCUUCUUCAAGAAUGACAUGUUACUACAAGUAGACGUUCCUUUACUGACUGAUUUUGUUCUCCAGGGCACAUUUGGUGGUGGUUACAUGGUGCCAGUAGACCCAGCCAAGAAAAGUAUUAUAGUCUGUGACCACUUCUUCCUUGGAGGUCCUGUAACAUUUCGAGGCUUCGAUAUGAGAGGUGCAGGUCCUUCGUCAGAUGGAACUUUCCUCGGAGCUAAGAUGUACUGGUGCGCCGGUCUGAGCCUGUUCACUCCAUUACCCUUCAGGCCUAGUGUUGGUGGAUUUGGGGAGUAUUUCCGAACUCAUUUCUUCGCUAAUAUUGGAAAUAUUGGAAAUCUCAGUAUUGCUGACGGCCUACCCUCUCUACUGCACCAGGCGAGGUUGGCGUACGGGAUAGGUUUGGCUCUGCGUCUGGGACACUUCGCUCGGGUGGAAGUCAACUACUGCUUCCCCAUGUGGACACAAGACGGGGACCGAGCUGUCCACGGGGUCCAGAUCGGACUGGGGACCUCACUCUAGUACCUGCCCACACACUCCUUUAGUUCACAUUAAUGUUUAGCUGCUUUCCAACAAAUUUUCAUUGUGACACUGUAAAAUCAAACAUACAAUAUUCAUAUGUUCCUAUUUCACUAUUAACAUUAUCUUGACAUACCAUUACUUUUAGAUCAUGAAAUAAAUUAACUUGUUAUUUCUCAAAUUGUGAAAUACAAUUUUUUGUUUUGUUAGAGGUGUGCGAGUACUUACAUUUUUGAGUCCUGUUAAUACCUGGCUACAGCUGGUGAUGAAUAUUUCAAGGCCACGUUGAGUCUAUAGCCAGAAUUCUGUGAAUACAUGUUACACUGUGCUUCUCUGUCCCAAUUCAUUCUUUUGUAAACUGUUUUAGUGGCUGAGAAAAAUAAUCAUUCGUUGUACCAAUUUCAAAAAAAUUCAACUACGUAUAAUUCUAACUUUGAACAGAAAUCUUAAAAUGAGUUUAUUAUAAUACUAGCUUUGUUACCAGUGACCAUGGACUGUUAUCAGUGACCUUAACAUUAGACAAUAUUUUGUUACCAAUUAAUAUGUAGUUAGUUUUCUACAUAUACACACUAUAUGUAUAUUUUUUCCGAUGAUUAAUGUUUAUUAAAAUUUUUUUGGACUCCCAUUGAUCUACAAAUUGUACAUUUUAUUUUCACUUAUUUCUGUUCAAGUCUAUGACAGAGUCAGAUUUCAGACGGUGCAUUUAGAGGAAGAUAAACUGGAGUUAAAUUCUACAUUCACACAGUUUCUGUUAUUAUUAUAUUAUUUUUACAGAUAUAUUCAACAUUAACAAAUCUAACUGAUAAAAUAUAGAGUAUCAGUUAAAAUAUGUCCAACACGACUUAAAAAACUGUGCUCGCACAGCUCUAUUUUGUAUUGAGUACUGACUUUAAUUUUAGACAAAAAAGUUGUAUACAGUGUACGUCAAAAUUUUUGUUUUAUUUUUUUUGAGAGCAAGCAUGUAAAUACUCGCCAACUGUAAUUAAAACAUGACGUGCGCCAUACUUGAAUAUUCUUGUUUAAAGACAACGUUCGUCUUUACAAUGUAGAACUUUGGUAGUAUUUAUUGUUGUCAAUAAAUUGUUGAAAGAAAA